AUGACAACACGGGUUGUUUACGAAACCAAACGUGCUCGACAAAGUAUGGCCGGUAAUCGUCUGAGUCGAGCCACCUCGUCGGCCAGUAAACGUAUGUCCUCUUUGCUACGAAAAAAAUGGGACAAGACACGACUGCCCCCGUUGACGGAACGACAGAAAGCUUUGGUGUAUUUGGUCACCGAGACAACCAUUAAUCGAAUUGUAGAGGCGGCCGAACGGGAACUGGCCGAACGCCGAGAGCGUCGACGAAACACGCUAGAGGAACAACGUAGACGUCGUCAAGAGCGUGAGGCCAAAGAAGCUGAACUUCGUGUGGCAGACGCCAAGGAUGGCAAAUCUCGAAUGUUAGCUUCACAGAUGGCAGACGAGGCGAGACAACGUGCCGAUUCGUUAACCUCGCGAGCUUCUAAGAUGCGUCUGUCUGCCAGAGAACGUUUGUCACAAAUUUUGGAGUUUGAUCAAGAAGACGAGAUUGUCCCACUUCAUCGCAGACGAUUAAGCACGGAAGAUGAGCAUGCGAUCGCGAACGCCGCACCGGAACUUCGAGCAUUUUUGCGUUUGCCCAGACAUCACACGGCUGGCUACUUUCUGCUACAUCCGAGCCAAAAUCACGACGAGCUACUGCGUAAAACAGCGUUCCCGGCUCCUGAACGGGAUUGGAAGAGAACGUGA